GUAAAUUUUACAUGCUCUUUACCGCGUAAAAAGAUGCCGCCUAAGAAGAAGAAGGAAGUUGUACCGCAGGAGUUGGAUCGUAUUGAAUCGGAGCCGGAGAUCGCAGAGACGACUGAACCGGAAUCCGCGAAACCGCAGGUGUCCUUGCUUACGGGUGAGCCUUAUGGUCCCCGAGUUCGUUUUAUCAGCGAGAAAGCCGAGGAGGAGAGUUCGGAUGACGAGCCAGAGUCGGAGAGCGAGGAAGAGACCAGGUAUCUCCAAGAGGAUCACCCGGAACUACCUUCCGAGUUUUGGCACAUACAGAAGCUGAUCAAGUACAUGAAGGCCGGCAACCAGACUGCCACCAUGGUAUCCCUGUGCCUGCUGAAGGAUUACGAUCUCAGCGACAAGAUUAUACAGAAGGCUAUUCAAGAAAUGGGCGGUCUUGAAGUUCUCGUAAAUCUCCUCGAGACGAAAGACAUCAAGUGUCAGAACGGUUCGCUGUCGGUCCUACUGAAAAUUGCGACUUCCACGGAGAUGAAGCGACACCUGAUCGAUUUGGACAUUGCGACGCCAUUGAUUCAAAUGUUGAAACAUCCUGCCAGAGAUAUUCAGGUUUUAGCAGCUGAAACAAUGGCGAUUAUAGCUCGCGUUAGAAAAGCCAGAAAACAAAUCCGGGUUCGAGGUGGAAUACCACUCAUAUUGGACGUGAUGGAUGUGCCAGACGAAGUUCUUCGUCGACCAUACAACGAUUUGAAUGAGACCAACAAGGAACUCGUAGCGGUCGCCAUAGGUUGCGCCAAAGUCUUGGACUCCUUGAGCACCAGUCCGAAAGUCAAAGAGGAGCUUCGCAAACACGGCGUUGUUCGUCUGAUGUCACGUUUCCUCAGAUCGAAACACACUCAACUGAUCAUACCCACGAUGGGUGUUGUGCAGCAGUGCGCUGACCUGGAUGUUUUCAGGAAAGCGUUCGAGCAGGUUGGCAUCAUCGACGAACUCGUGCGACACUUGAGGAAUGACAAUGUGAAGCUGAAGGAAAACUGUGCCUUAGCAAUUUUCAAGUGCGCCUCGAGUCGAGAAACGCGGGGGAUGGUACGUAAGGCGGGCGGUCUGGAUCCGCUUUGCAAACUCGUGCAGAGCGACGAAGUGCGUGCGAAUAAGCAUUUGUUGGCCGCGGUGACCGGCGGCAUCUGGAAGUGUGCCAUCACCGGAAACGUAACGAGAUUCAAUCAGAAUAGCCUGGUGGGAUCGCUGGUGCCACUACUUGAGGAGAACGAGGACGAGUGGGUGUUGGCCAACGUCGUAGGUGCCCUCGCCGAGUGCUGUAAGGAUCCCGCUAACAGGGACGUCUUGAGAGCUAACGAGGGUCUGCCGAAACUGAUCAGACUGUUGAGCGCCACGUACGAACCAUUACUAGAGAACGUGCCGCUGGCGCUGAAAGAGUGCGCAGUCGAUGAGAAAUGCAUGGACAUCAUCAACGAUCCGGAGCAUCGAUUGGACGGUGUGCGAUUGCUCUGGUCCCUGUUGAAGCAUCCCAGUGACAUGAUCAAGCGUAACGCUUGUCUCGCUCUAGUACCCUGCAUUAGGCACGCCAAGGACUCGCCGGAAAUGGUACGUGCCUUCGUGGGUGGCCUAGAACUCACGGUCAGUCUCCUGGAGAGCAAGGAUACGGAAGUGCUCAGCGCGGUUUGUGCCAUGAUCGCGGAGAUCGCUACCGACCCCGAAAACCUGGGAAUCCUGACGGAUCACGGGGUCGUGAGAAAAUUGGCCACCCUCGUGGAAACUAAUGAUGAGGAUUUGCGCGCAAAUCUAACAUUAGCAAUAGCCUACUGCUCUGAAUGGAAUCGGAAUAAUUAUGAAUUCGGCAAAUUAAAUGCCGUCGCACCGCUCAUUAAUUAUAUGACCAGUAAGAAUAAAGAUGUGCUAAAGGGCGUCUGCAUCGCCGUGUACCAUUUGAGCAAGGAGCCCUUAAACUGCGUGACUAUGCACACCUGCGGUGUUAUAAAGCACGUUUUGCGCCUGGUGGGUUCAGAUGAUCCGGAAGUGCAGAUCGCAGCUGCGUCCACAAUCCGUCACAUAAGGAAACUCGCAGUGACAGCAGAAAAAUUCCACUUCAAAGAAGUAAAUACAUUACAAGAAACGGAUUUUCGUUCAUGAAUGAAUGAAAAGAGAGAAAAAAGAAGGAAGGAGAAAGCGAAAGAGGAAACGAGAGGUGUAUAAAAUAAAAAGAUAUUUAUUAUUUGUGCAUAUUUCAAUGGCGAUUUACAAUUUCUGGCGAAUUAGUCAAUAUACCUAAAUCUACAAUUUUGCGCUUAUAAAACCCGUAAUACCUUUUCUCCGGUAGUAACCGGCAAACAGCGCAUACAUGCGAAGAAUUUUAGACAUGAUUGGAUAAGGCAUGGAAAAUUUGUCUUUACGUUGAAAGAUUUAAUAUUCCUUUAAUAUUAAAUAUUCCUUCGAUUGGAACAUCGACUUUCUUUGAUAACAUGAUCGUUAACGAUCAAGUUACUCGGGAUCAAAAUAAUGGCUUAACUUGAGCAAUAUACAUAUACACCUUAGCAUACUUUCCUGCACUUUAAAGUUGAAACUAGAUAGAAACUAGAUCGCAGAACGUAGAUAUAGAAUACUAAACGAACA